AUGUUCCUCUGGAUAACCGUAAGAUCGUGUAGGAUUCGACCGAUCGUAAAACGGAGUCCCGGAUACUCCGGAAAUGCCAACCCUAGGGUGAGGGUUUCAGUAACCGUCCAAUUGUGCGAUCGUGAGCGGUCUAACCGUCCGUUUCGGACCAAACUUACAGGACGUACUCCAACCCAGCAUACGCAGCAGGCGGGACCCUCUAAGGGUCAAGCUGUGUGGGAUUACUUCUAUAUUUACAUGCGGCUAUGCAUGGGGUACUUGGUGGUUAAUAUGAACGAUGGAAAGAACUCAGGGCAUUCUUUAGGGGAUGUUGCUGUGGACCCUGGAUUUGGGGUAGUCUGCGCGCGUAGGACUGGUAUUUCAGGCGUACAAGCUUUGAUUGUGUCGGCUGUAUGUGCUGGCUGA